AGGUUCAGAAAAAGGUAAAUUAUUGUUCAUAAACUCAAGGAAAAAAAAACCCAAAUAGCAAACCAAGCACCUAUGAAAGGACAAUCUGUGGGUUUUCUCCUUCUACACAGCAUUUCACACUGUGACAGGGGCUGCGUGAGAGAGAGAACAAGAAUGGAGACCAGGAAAACAUUUAUUGGUUUGGUAGAUAAUGCAUUAGCAGCUUCCAACUCAUUGCAUCGUGAUCAAUUGCUCUUUUCUUACAAGGGAAUUCUCUACCCUAGAACUCUUUACAGUCCUGAGGUGUUCAAAGCCUUGGAGUCCUUUGAAGCCAGAAGAGAUGAUGUAAUUUUGGCAGGAUAUCCUAAAUCUGGCACAAACUGGCUAAGUCAAAUCUUAACUGACCUGAUAGCCAUAUCUCAAAAGAAAACACCUGGUAGUGAAAGCAGUGUGAAUGCUGAAGAACAAGAAGAAUUCCCCUACCUUGAAAUAGGAGAUCUUGAAAAAUAUGAGCGAAUGAGCAAAUUACCUUCUCCAAGAUUCAUGGUUACUAAUCUCCGUCCUGAAAAACUUCCCAAAUCUAUCUUCCAAAACAAUGCCAAGAUAUUGUUACUGAUUCGUAAUCCAAAAGAUGUUGCUACAUCUUAUUACCAUUUUUCCAAUGGUGUGGCCACUGUUCCCUCCUAUGAGACCUGGGAUGAUUUCUUCACAGAUUUCAUGGCGAAGAAAACGGCCUGGGGAUGCUACCUUGAAUACCUUUCUGAAUGGAACAAAUAUGCUGACAAAGAAAAUAUUAUGACAAUAACUUAUGAAGAGGUAAAAGAGAAUCCUCCCCUGAGUGUGAAAAACAUAGCCACGUUCUUUGGAAUUCCUCUGACUGAGGAACAGCUCCAGCUGGUGGUAGAGAGGAGCAGCUUCCAGUCCAUGAAGAAAAACUCAGACAAGACCCAUGGGUCAUUUGGCAAUGUUCUCUUUCGCAAAGGUGGUGUAAGUGACUGGAAGAACCAUUUCACUGAAGAUCAGAGUAAGAAAAUGGACAAAGCAUUUGAAGAACAUAUAGCAGGAACGAAACUUGGGAAAAAGUUGAAGUAUGACUUGUACUGCAAAGCCUGAAGAGAAAUGAAAUGUGGUUAGAACAAGAAUUUUUCAAGGCAGACUCAGAUCAUCUGAAUGCUAUACACUGGAAACCUAGAUCAACUGAUCCAAGCACCUUAGAAUUACUGUAGGAGUCAUUGCAGCAGCCUUUAUUGUGACACUGAUGAGCCUUUUGUUUUAUGCUGUGACCUCAGGCUACACUCACUUGCUGAAGAAGAUGCCAACUAAACAUAUUUAGAAAAACUCAACAGCCCUUUUCCUGCUGUAACCUGGAAGGAAAUGCUUCUUUUCUUCUAGAUAAAUUCUAUCUUUAUAGACAAUUUCUAAUUAUUUAGUAUGCAGAUUAUUUUUUUCUUAAAAAAAGAUUUUCAAAUCAGUCAAUAUCUUUACAGAAAAUAUCACUGGCAAAAAUAGGGAUAUGACAGAAGCCUAAUGUCAAAGGAGAUCUUCCAUGAAUUCAGCACAAAGUAAAUCAAAGGCAGAGAAAGCAGAAGGAAGGGGAAUAUUGCUCGGAGUUCUUAGGGCUCUUCAUCUCUCUGAAUGCAAAAUUCCAAGAUGAAUUUCACAUUAUGGGCUGGUGUCAAUGGGCAAGAUUCCCUCAGAGGCGCUGCUUUCUACAGAAUUACAGAGCAGCCCAGUUUGGAAGAGACCUUGAAAAGUCUUCUGGUACAACUUUUCAUGGGAAAGGGAGCCUGGAUGAGAUUCUAUCUAGAUAUCAUGUUUGGAAAACCACCAGUGAUGAGGAUUGUACCUCAUUUCUGUAGGCGUUGUUCCAGAAACUGGUUGUUCUUGCUGUAAAGAACUUCAUGUAUCAAGAUUAAACAUCCAUUGUUGCAAGUUGA